AUGUCCUGCUCUUUCCGUACAUCAUCCUGCUACGGUCCCAAGACCAUGACCUUGAAAUCCAUAGUUACUCCAAUUAGCUGUGGUACAAUAAAUACUUGUGCACCCAAAGCAUACAGUGUGUAUGGCUGUGGUUUUGGAGGAAGUACUCGGAUCUCUUCGCCCUGUUAUCGCCGCCCUGUUAUCGAUUGCUUCCCAGAUCUGCAUUGCAAAAUUGGUGGAGGAUAUGGACGUUAUGGCAGACUGAACAGUGGAGGAAUCAUGGUUGGGAACACUGAUUACUUCCAGCUGAAUGAGAAGGCCACCAUGCAGUGCCUGAACGACCGUCUGGCGUCCUACCUUGACAAGGUGCGCUCCCUGGAGGCUGCCAAUGCCACUCUGGAGAGGCAGAUCCGUGAGUGCUAUGAGAAGAAGGGGCCGAUCUGCCAGAGGGACUACAGCGCCUACUGGAACACCAUCGACUGCCUGAAGGAAAAGAUUAGGAACGCUACCAUCGACAACGCCAACAUCCUUCUGCAGAUUGACAACUCUAGACUGGCUGCUGAUGACUUCAGAAUAAAAUAUGAGCACGAGUUAGCAGUGCGGCAGUCUGUGGAGGCUGACAUCGCUAACCUGCGUCGCUUGCUGGACCAGAUGACCCUGACAAAGGCUGACCUGGAGAUGCAGAUCGAGACUCUGCAGCAAGAUCUAGCGUGUUUGAAGAAGAACCACCAGGAGGAUAUGGAAGCACUACUGUGUCAGCUGACAAACACAAAAGUGUGUGUGGAAGUGGAUGCUGCUCCUCAGCAAGACCUGAACAAGGUUUUGGAUGAGAUCCGUUGUCAUUAUGAGACCAUCAUAGACAAACACCGCAGAGAACAUGAGUGCUGGUUCAAAGAAAAGACGGCACAACUGUGCAAAGAUGUGGCCUGCCACACAGAGUGCCUAGAAACUUCUAGGUCACAGGUCUCAGAUUUGCAGCGUACCUUGCAGUGUCUGGAGAUCGAACUACAGUCUCAGAUGAGCAUGAAAGGAGCACUGGAGUGUUCACUAGCAGACACAGAGGCUAGGUACAGCUCUAUACUAGCAGGCUUCCAGCAACAUAUCAACACAUUGGAGGCAGAGCUUUGUCAGGUGCGCUCUAGCAUUGAGCAGCAGGGCAGAGAUUAUGCUGUACUGCUGGACAUCAAGAGCCGUCUGGAGCAGGAGAUCGCCACUUACAGGUGCCUCCUGGAAAACCAAGGCAUUAAGACUCAAGGACCGGGUGAUGUGUUUGUGUGUACAACCCCAGUCGAAACAGUGGUCAAAUGUAAACAAGUCAUAUGAACAACAUCAAAUGUAAACAAAGAAUGUAACAAGGCUGUAGUGCAAUUAAACAUUCUGUACUGACAGUCUUACAAUUCACCAUUAAAGACCAA